CCCAAGCACAGCGAAGGUUUUCGUAGCUGCCAGCUGAUCGUUUUGGUGCGGGCGUAGAAAAUUAGUUGCGUUGUUUUUGCUACUUUUUUGGUGCAAAUUAGUUUACUUCCGUGCGGUACAAACGGGGGAAAAGUGUUCGUGGUGCUAGUAACGAAAGAGCUUAAGCAAUAUACACAAUUACCGUUGUAUUGCCGUAAACAUUGUACAAAUCCUAUUCCUAAGCCUGUGUCGGGUGCGAUUGUUGUGUUGUACAUUCGCUUCGCAGAGACAGGAAACGUACGGUCAAUAAAAAUUGGAAACGUACGAUAAAUGUAUUAUUAUUUGAAAACGGGCACCCAGGUACCCGCGACCGGAAGUCGCCGUGCCGAAGCCCAGACACGGGUGACGUCGGUUUGUGACGGCUGCUGCUACUUUACGAGGGUCACUUGGAAUAUGGUGGUCACUCGUGGUUGCAAUAGCUUUCUGCGAUAGGCAUUUCUAUACCUUUAGUACCGUUUUUUUGGUUCAAACUUGUAAAGAAUCCAAUUUAAAUUUGAUUUAAAAAUAGUAAUUCGAGUUCACUGGGUCAUUUUGCACUGUAGAAGGUCCAGAAUCCAUCCGCACAACCUUCACGGUCACAGAUAAUCAGCAUAACGGACCCCAAAUCUCAAUUAUGGCAAAUUAUCACACCGUGCAAAACCACAAUUGAACUGUCACGAUACACACCAUCGGCUGACAACGAUUCCAUUUCGCAAACAAUUCCGAUCCAGUCCGAUUCCCUUCCCUCUUUUUGUGAUCGGUGGUCUCGUUGAGUGUACCAGCGGUAAGCAAAUAGUAGCCACAGCAUUCAAGGCUCUGUGGCUCGUGUUGAUUGUGGGUAAUUUGUUGUGGCGAACCAUUUGAGUUGGAGCCCUCCAUCGAUCCAGCACCUUCAGGAUGGCCCCGAGCGACCUUGUGCACUUGCUUUAUGCCGUACUGUGCUGGAAUGGAUGGAGCUGGAGACGGUGUGCGCAUCAUCAUCAUCAUCAUCGCCACCACCACCACUUUCACGAUGAGUUCAAGAUAUCACUCGAACCCUCUCUUUGAGCCCCCGUGAGCGGGGGGACGGACGGCAGAAUCUCUGACCGGUGAACGUCACCACUGGACACUCUUCACUCUUGGCCGGGUUGCAGCGGUCGCACCACUUCCAACCAGCGCCAACCACUCCAAAUAAUGUUCCUGGCGAUUGUUCCAGCGCGAUAACCGAAACCAGAUUCCUUCAAGUACGGUCGCGUCAUCAGAAUCCAAUGCAAGCAUUUACCAUCGAUCUCAUAAUCCAUCCUCGUCGCCAUCGGUUGGGCCAGGCAAUCUGCAUCUUCUGCAUCACCCGGUCAAUCAAGGCCACCGAAAGGACUUACUCUCCUGCGACAAAAAUCCUCCAUGUAACGAGUGUUCCGUCGUGCGUUAAAAUGCUGAUCAUCCCUCCAGUGUGAGCGGUUCAACAAUCAGCUGAGCUUAAUAACGCCUGAAAACGUUCCGCUGAAGCGAGACAGAGAUAGCGAGAGGGAGAGAGAGAAACACUAUCCUCCUCAACAGUUGUUCACGCUCUCCCGGCAGCAUCACAUCGGAUCUGUGGCCCCACGUUAAGCGAAUCGACGUCUCAAAGGCACGCUCAGUCUGCCAACAACACCGACCGGGUGAACAUCGUUCAGCAACAUUCGUGCGCACAGGCACUGUGCAAUGAACCAUAGAGUGAUCGCGAGUGGACAAGUGCAGUGAAAUACUCAUAUGACGAUGUUUUAAAAAAGAUAUACAACAUUCAGCGAAAGUUCCACAAAUCCCGAUGUAGCGAGGAACGUGAUGAUUUUACACUCAUCCAGCAGACAUCCCGAUCUGUGUUGCUCAUCUGUUGUACAUUUUAUGGGCAGCAAAACAAACACUGCUGAUAGUGGCUACUGAAAGUGUAUCAACUAAUGCAUCCUUCCGACGCGGCUGUUUAGUAUAUCGUCCCGGUGUGCUUACGUUCCGGCUUGAUAGUGAACUGAUUAGAUGUGCUUCCAUCUUGUGUGUAGCAGGAAAACAUAGAAAGAAGGAAAGAUUAUAGUGAGUGUUUGUGUGCCGGUGUGUGUUUGUGGAAAAUAUUUAGUGGAAGUUGAUUUGUUUCCUGGUAGCGAUUACGGUUUACGCCGUACGUCCGUUUUUUUCUUUACGCCGGCAAACGGGUCAGGCGAAAGAGUGAGUCUAGUGGGUGUGCUGCAGCUUCAUUUGCAACGUGAACGCGCUGAUUAAUUGACCAUAUUGCUUUUCAUCAACAACAACAAAAGGCCGGAAGUGAACUGAAGGAAGUGACAUCCAAGCAGGGGAGACAUCCGCCUUUGCUUACUGCAGAUACAACAGAUCAUUCGAGCAACCGGACCUCAACUCACCAUGGUGCUGGUGCUGAACGGUGUGAUACAGGACGAACGUCCCAUCAACACGCACGCUCUGUUCCUGGAGCAUCCGGUGUACCGGGAAACAGCCACACAGCUUCUCUCGAUUCCUACGAAAACGGUCGGUGCACCAGGCUUGCUGUAUGUAUGCCAGCGAGAAAUGGCCGCCGUCGCUCCACACGAUCGAAACGUGAACAUAAUAGGAUCGGACGAUGCAACCACAUGCAUUAUCGUCGUAGUGCGGCAUUCCGGUUCCGGUGCGAUCGCACUGGCACACCUGGACGGCAACGGUACGGACGAGGCCGUGUCGGCGAUGGUCGCCCGCGUCCAGGAGCUUGCGUUCGGCUACCCGGAAGGCCGCAUCGAGCUACAGCUUAUUGGAGGCUUCAGCGAUCCGCAGGGCUAUGCGGAAGAUCUGUUCAGUAAUAUUAUGCAAUCAUUCCACAAACAUCCGCUGGAGAUCGAUCUGACCCAGUCGUGCGUCGGCGAGCUCAACACGAUGGUGCGCGAUGACAUCAACUGGCCGAUCAUCUACGGCGUCGGCGUGAACAUCAAGACGGGCGAAAUCUUUCCCGCCAACUUCCCGGACAAGGGACCGGAUCUGCCACUGCGCAUGGCGCGACACUUUACUGGCAGCCAUCAGGUGCUAGAUAUAUAUGAUGCCGCUGUUGGUAUGCUGCGCAUCGGUCCAUUCAAUUACGAUCCACUGCGCGGCGUUGAUCUUUGGUUGGCGCAGAGCGAUGAGUUUAUACUGAAGCAUCUUUCCACCAGUCCGGAGGUGGAACCGCCACACUUUGCCAUGCAGGUCCGUGCCACACUUAGAUACAUUCAGGACAAUCAGUUCCCGGCCGUUACCGUCUUCCGCAACAACAAUCCGCACUACUUCCGGCGGGACGAGACGACCGGCUGCUGGACACCGGUUCGGUACUGAGCCAGACGGUUGACGGGCCGAUUUCUUCCCUCACGACAGAGGACACAACGUUGUAUACCGCUUCCGUAGAUUGAUUUCCUCCCAGAGCCCGUCGUAGUAGUGUUAUAUUGUACUGCUUUCCCUUGUUUUCUUCCAAUCCAAACAUAUUUAUCAAAAAACAAAACCUGUCGUGCCAAUAUAUGAAUGCGGAAAGGCGAAAUGUUAUAAUAUUAUGAUUCCCGCGCAGCUUGUUACAUUUACAUUGCAUUAGUUUUCCUAUCAGAAGUUUCUAAGAACGUUUAAUUUUUAGUGCCUUUGUCUGUGUGUCUGUGUAGCUGGAAAUAUGCUCCUGUUUUUGUACCUCUUGUGAACUAAAACGACGUGCAAGCGUUAAAAGCAAAGAGUGUAAACGAUCUGAAUACGCUCUCUAUCGCUCAGUUUUCUUUCUUUCUUUAAAUCAAUAUCAAUGCUAAAGAACGAAGGGCAUACGUACAGAGAGCAAAGGGAGCUAAAAGACUCCACUUGCUAUAAAACAAACGAAAAACAUGUCCCCUUUUUGCAAACCCUUUUCGGUAUUGAACAGUUUCUAUUGGCAGUUUAUUGUGAUUGCUGAGCUCUACUAUUUAACGAAUAAUAAAUCAAUUUAAAUAUGUUUAAUUGA